UAUACCAGCCCCAUAUCUGUCUGAGCAGUGGAAUGUGUGAGGAAGGCACAACUACUGACUGAUGAACCUUAGCCAGUCUUCUUUGCAGAGGGGUGCGAGGGGUGCCAGAGCCUUCCGUAAGCACCGGAGGGAGAUAUCACCCGUAUCUAGGCAACAGGGAUGAGCCUCCCUGAGGCCAGCUUGCUGAGAGCGUCCUGGCCCACACAACCGAGGAGCGGAGGCCAGACAGACGGACGCACGGACAGACGACAGAGGACGCCCUGGCCGCUGGACCGCGCUGCCUCCCCCUUCUCCCUGCUGCCUGCACCUGGAGGAUGAGCCCAGCCUUCAGGGCCAUGGACGUGGAGCCCCGCGCCAAGGGCAUCCUGCUGGAGCCCUUUGUCCACCAGGUCGGGGGGCACUCGUGCGUGCUCCGCUUCAAUGAGACGACCCUGUGCAAGCCCCUGGUCCCGAGGGAGCACCAGUUCUACGAGACCCUCCCUGCGGAGAUGCACAAAUUCACUCCCCAGUACAAAGGUGUGGUAUCUGUGCGCUUUGAAGAAGAUGAAGACAGGAACUUGUGUUUAAUAGCAUAUCCAUUAAAAGGGGACCACGGAACUAUGGACAGUGUAGAUAACUCAGACUGUGAACCAAAAAGUAAGCUGCUAAGGUGGACGAACAAAAAACAUCAUGUCCUAGAAACGGAAAAGAUCCCUAAGGACUGGGUGCGGCAGCACCGGAAGGAGGAGAAGAUGAAGAGCCAUAAGUUAGAAGAAGAAUUUGAGUGGCUGAAGAAAUCUGAAGUCUUGUACUACAGUGUAGAGAAAAAGGGGAAUGUCAGUUCCCAGCUUAAACACUACAACCCUUGGAGCAUGAAGUGUCACCAGCAACAGUUACAGAGAAUGAAGGAGAAUGCAAAACAUCGGAACCAGUACAAAUUUAUCUUACUGGAGAACCUGACUUCCCGUUAUGAGGUGCCUUGUGUCCUGGACCUCAAGAUGGGUACGCGCCAGCAUGGUGACGAUGCUUCAGAGGAGAAGGCAGCCAACCAGAUCCGCAAAUGCCAGCAGAGCACAUCUGCAGUCAUUGGUGUGCGCGUGUGUGGCAUGCAGGUGAGAGGAGUGCAGGUGUACCAGGCAGGCAGUGGGCAGCUCAUGUUCAUGAACAAGUACCACGGACGGAAGCUGUCCGUGCAGGGCUUCAAGGAGGCACUUUUCCAGUUUUUCCACAACGGGCGGUACCUGCGCCGGGAGCUCCUGGGCCCUGUGCUUAGGAAGCUGACUGAACUCAAGUCCGUGUUGGAGCGACAAGAAUCCUACCGCUUCUACUCAAGCUCCCUGCUGGUCAUUUAUGAUGGCAAGGAGCGGCCUGAAGUGGCCCUGGACUCAGAUGCUGAGGACUUGGAGGACCUGUCAGAGGAGUCAGCCGACGAGUCGGCUGGUGCUUAUGCCUACAAGCCCAUCGGCACCAGUUCGGUGGACGUGCGCAUGAUCGAUUUCGCACACACCACUUGCAGGCUGUAUGGUGAGGACAGUGUGGUACACGAGGGCCAGGAUGCUGGCUAUAUCUUUGGGCUCCAGAGCCUGAUAGACAUUGUCACAGAGAUAAGUGAGGAAAGUGGGGAGUGAGCUUGCUGGCUGCAGCAGUACCUGAGAGACUCUCUGUCCCAGGCACAGCUGUGCUGCGUCGGGGAGGAGGCCAGUAUGGCCAGGCGGUGGCCCCUGCAGCCUGGAGCUGAUGCGCAGAGGCCUCUGUGAGUCCCAGCCUGAGCCAGCCCCAACCGCUCUCGGAGUCUUUAUUUAUUUUAACUCUUUCUUCAACAUUCCACAUUUGAUGAUGCAGAUACCUCUUUCUUCCCUGAGUGUAAAUGUUCUAAUACAGAUCUUUUUGUUAAUUGUA